CAUUUGAGGAACUGCUAAACUGUUUUCCAAAGUACCUGAGCCAUUUUACGUACUUGUAUGUGGAUAUCCAGCUGUCUUAGCAUUGAAAAGACUGUCCUUGCCCUGCGGAAUUGUCUUGGCAUCCUGGGGAACUUCAGUCGAUAACUGAAUAAAUUUAACCAAGAAGGUGAAAGACCUGCACAGUGAAAACUACAAGGCAUUAAUGAAAGAAAUUGAAGAAGACACAAAUAAAUGGAAAGAUAUUCUGUGCUCAUGGAUUGGAAGAAUUAAUAUUACAAUGUCCAUGCUACCCUAAACAAUAUACAGAUUCAAUGCAAUACCUAUCAGAAUCCCAAUGACAUUUUUCACAGUAAUAAAACAAACAAAAAAAAAUACAAAAAUUUUGGAACUAUGAAAGAUUCUGGAUAGCCACAGCAAUCUUGAGAAAGAAUAAAGCUGCAGGCAUCAUGUGCCCUUAUUUCAAACUAUAUUACAAAGCUAUAAUAAUUAAAACAGUAUGGUAUUGACAUAAAAACAGACGCAUAAAUCAGUGGAACAGAAUAGAGAGCUCAGAAAUAAACCUAUGCAUAUAUUAAUUAAUUUAUGAGAAAGGAGACAAGAAUGUCCAAUGGGGAAAGGACAGUCUCUUCAAUAAAUAGUGCUAGGAAAAUUGACAGCACAUGCAAAAGAAUGAAAUUGGAUCACCAUACACAAAAAUUAACUCAAAAUGGAUUAAAGACUUGAGCUUGAGACCUAAAACUGUAAAAAUCCUAGAAGAAAAUAGAGAAACCUCCAGAGCAGUGUUUGGUAAGAUGAGGGCAGAAGGAGGAGCCACAGAUGCCUGCAGCAGAGGACUAUGGCAACUCAGGAAGCCACUCCAGGAAGCCAAUCAGAGGAGAGCAAUGCUUUGGACCUGCCAUCAGCUUAUGACAUAAGGGAUUACGUGUUGCAGAGACCCAGCCAGGAGGCCAACAGUGAGGCUUUUAGUUCUGAGGAAGCCCUUUCUAUUCCUUGCUCUUCUGAUAUGGAUCCAGACACUAGUAACUUAAAUACUGAACAAAAUGAUUCCUGGACCUCUGAGAACUCCUGGCUUGACCCUUCUGUGAAGGGCCCACCAGAGACCAAGGCAGAGGAUGCUGGACUUCGGAAAUCUCUGGACAGAUUCUAUGAAGUAUUUGGCCAUCCACAGCCAGCCUCUGGAAAUUCACUCUCCACAUCUGUCUACCAGUGCCUGUCUCAGAAAAUAAAUGAACUGAAGGGCAAGGAGAACCAAAAUUACACCCUCCGCAGUUUUCAAAUGGCACGGGUCAUCUUCAACCGGGACGGCUGCUCCAUCUUACAGAAGCAUUCCAGGGAUGCCCACUUUUACCCAACCAGAGAAGGAAGUGCAUCUCUGGAGGAUGAAAAGCUGACCCCAGGACUUUCAAAAGAAAUUAUUCAUUUCCUCUUGCAGCAGAACUUGAUGAAAGACCCAUAACUGUUGCCUGGUGGUGAGAACAAGCAUAUGGGGGGUAGCCCUGUGGCUGAUACUGUUGGUGCAUCACCCAGAACCCCUCAGCUCUCUUGCCAGCUCUGUGUGCCCAACCCCCAGCUAAGUGCUUUGCAGGCAAAGGCUGGCAUCUGUGAUCUGGUCCUGGAGGCAGUUCGGCCCGAAUGGAAAGCCAGCAGUGUCUGGAGGUUUUAUUGCCUCCAUGGCCACCCCAUCUCCUACCCCACCCUUUGACCUAAGGCUGGUGACCAACUGGUUUGGGAGUCUGAAAGUCCACCUUCCUUGUCUCCAGGAAGGACAUGCUCUGAGGCAUGAUUAAAGUUCCAGAGCUCUCCUGAUCAGGCCAAGGGUGGGGCUUCGCAUGAAAUCUCACUCUUGCCGGGCUCCUUCCUUCCCCUGUCCUUCUCCCACUCACUGAUGUCUCCUGGGAGUGUUUCCUUAAUAAAUCUCUUGCACCUGAA